UACUGAAUUUAUUCUCUUUGAUAAAUAUUUAUUUGUCAAAAUUAAAGUAAUUUUAGAUAAUUUAAUUUAGAUUUGUUUUCUAAAAUCAAAAUGCCUAAUUUAAGUGAGAACUUUAAUUUGCGAAAAUGUUAUUUGAAAAGGCAACAAGUACCGACCCAAAGUGUUAUGAUAGACAAAAUGUCGAAACCUUUGGCCGAAGUUUACUUCAAAUCAAUGACGCCGAAAUUGAAGGUAUUGGCUGGUUUAGAACCACGAUUGAAAGGUGGAGGCAGUGAUUGGUACAUCCCACCAGAAGAUCUGCUAAAAGGCAGGGCAGUUUUGAAACCAAUACAAAAAUGUCAUCUUGCGCAACUCAGUUUUGAAGGUAUUGCUUACUUUGGAGAAAGAAUCGUUGAAGCACAUCACAUGGAAAUGGAGAGAGAAAAGGAUCGGAUACUCCAUGAUAAUGACGUCAAAUGGAAAGAGGCAAUUGACGCUAAAUGUAAAAAACUUUGGGAGGAAUGUUCAACGGAAGCCGCAAACAGGAAUACCCAAGCUAUUCGACAGGCAUUUAAAGAGUUUUCUGUCGUUUAUAUGACAUCUUUAACAAGAAUAGAAUCCUUAAUGUCACAUGCUGCCAACAUUGAAGUCAUGAGAACCAGCGAAGAAACAUUUAAAAAGAUGAAAAAUAAAUACAAGGCUCUUGUGAAAAUACAAGCUACAAAAUUAUAUGACGAAUAUACAAAAAAACUUGAUGCUGAAAAAGAGAGACUUAAAGCAGAGUUCGUUAAAAGCGUUCAAAGCUGUCGGGAUACGAUGAUUGAUAAAGUACACGACCUUAACGUGGAAAAACAUGUUGCGAUCGAAAAGGUCCGUAACUUAAUACAAUGCCAAAAGCUGGCCUGUCAAGUGUAUAUCGCAUUGAAAGAACGAGAUGAAUGCCAAAAAGAAAUAGAACUUUCUCAACAUGAACACAAAAAGAAAAUCAAGGCAUUGACUCAGCAAAUUGCCUUGAAUGAUUUCGAAAUACGUCUCGCGAGAGAAAAAGAAAAGAAACGGCAAGAAUUAAUUAAUAUUUGGAAGAAAAAAGUAUGCGAAGUCGUAAAGAAAUUUCAGCUCUUCGUUUCCUAUUGUUUGAAUACAUUGCCGGAGCAUGCAGAGUUUUUCACGAACAUGGAGAAACUGAUGAUGAUACAGUUAAAUGAGGCAGUCGAACAGCCAAGUGUUGAAAGCAUUUUUCAGAAUGAUGAUCAUGAAUUCCGUACUCCAAUACCGAAGCCUCAUCCUUUCAUUCUGUGCAGCGAAAAAGGAUACAAACCGAAGAUCGACCAAAAUCUGUGUCCCAAGCAUUGUACUUCAAGUGCAUCACAAUUACCGGUUGUAGUAAUCAAUAAGCGUUACAUGUAUGCCGCCUGCGAUAAUUUUGAAAAGCUUUCGUCUAAGAUCGAGAACUAUAUUCAUAACGAUCCCGUGGACCGAACAGAUUCAGAAGACGAUCACGUUUACAGUUAUGACGUUCCUAUAAAGUACAAUUUAUCUCAACAACUGCUAGAACUAAAACUUGAAAGUUCACUUUUACAAAUUUUACAACAAGAAAUUCCUAAUUUACGUAAUGUGCCAAUCGAAUGCUGUGUGUGCAAAACACCGUACUGCUUUUGCGAUCCACUACACGCAUCAAAAAUGUCCAUAGAUUUAAAAGAAAACGUGGAAGAAAUAAGCAAGCCAUUAACUAUAAUUUCUUCAGGCAAUAAAGUGGAAUCACGAACUGAAAUACUACAAUACGAAAGGGGCCCCAAAUUAGAAAGCUAUUUUAAGUACGUUGAGCCUAAACGCUGCACAUGUCCCAAGACUGCCAAAAAGCAUUUGAAAGAAAAUUUGCCUGCUUACAUGAAGAACACUUCCUCGUAUCAGCCUCCUGACUUGCCAAAUUAUGAAGUCAGUCCAAUGUCGACUAUUAGAAGACUAGUAAUGAAAAGAAGAGCUAAAAAUGCCCCACAGCCUGCAAUAGAAAAGGUGGAAUCUAAAACGCACGAUGUUGGUACUCAAUAUACGGAUGAAGAAUUUGAUUUUCUAUGCACAUGUUUUUCUGAGGAUAACAGUGAGGAAAUAUUACGCCACCUAAACAAAGGCUGUUUCAAAGAGUCUGAACAAAUAAAAGUUGAAAUGAAUGAUGGUAGAACUAUGUCUCCGACAUUUUUGAAUAAAUCCGCGGAUUCAUUUGCAACAGCUCGCGCAUUGUCUUUGCGAAACCUUUUGCAUAACACGACACAGUUGGAAGAGAUCUUCAGGAAAUACGAUUGUUUAUUUUAACCUUUAUUUAUUUAUUAUUUUUACCAUUCACUUUGAAUAAAUUGUAGGGUAUUUCUACAUUACUUCGUAAUA